GAAAGCUCCGACCAUCGCUACAUCAUCGCAGCAAAGGCCAAGCAACACGUACACCAAUACUUUCACCCUACGUCCCACUGUCAUCUCACAGUCCUUUCCGAUGAUAUAUAUCACUCGUCCACGUUGAGAUAUAAUCUUACACAACCGAACCUCUCGACCGAAAAUAAAGUUGGUGGCGGAGCCAACAUGGCGGAUACGGACAUCGCAUCUCUCACAGCCGACCAGCAAGCCGCGCUUCAACAAUACACCGCUGUUACCGACCAAGCGACAUCUGAUGCGAUACCGAUACUCCAACGCGCGCAAUGGAAUGUCAAUAUAGCGGUCACGCGCUUCUUCGACGGCGAACCGACCGAAGACCCAGUGGCUGCUGCUGCCGCCCAACUACCACCGCCCCAAGACGUCCGCCGACAAGAGACACUACUAAACGGUUUUGCCUCACCACGAUCAUCUACAAGUAGUGGGAGGAGAGUGAGGAUAGAACCUGCUCCGAGGGUGGUCCCACAGCCAGAAAGCCAAGUCAGUACACAAGUUCCGCUAGUACUGGCUAUAUUCUUUGCGCCAUUCUCGCUCGUGUACUCCCUAUUUGCGAAAUCCUUCCGGUUGUUAGGAUGGAUCUUUCCCUUCCUCCCGCGCGCAUGGGGGAGGGUUACAGCUAGCAACAUCAACACACCUGCCUCUCAGCGCAGCGCGAGCGGGCGCCGACCUUUGAACCCACGAGACACAGCGGCGCGUUUCAUCCGCGAGUUCGAGGAGGAAUAUGGAAGUCACAACCUGCCGUUCUUCGAGAGCGGAUACGCCCAAGCUUUUGAUCUAGCGAAGAAGAACCUACAGUUCUUAAUGGUGGUGCUGGUCAGCCCAGAGCAUGAUGAAACAUCAUCCUUUGUACGGGAUACACUUCUUUCGCCAGAGGUCGUGGAGUUCGUACGAAACCCCGAGAACAACAUCAUACUUUGGGCUGGCAACGUGCAAGAUUCCGAGGCAUAUCAAGUUUCCGCCGCCCUGUCGUGCACCAAAUUCCCGUUCACGGGUCUCAUUGUACAUACACCCCAAGUUUCGUCAACAGCUAUGGGGAUUGCCGCGCGUGUAGCUGGUCCUACGCCCCCACAACAAUACAUUGCCAAGCUACGACAGGCAAUGCAGCAACACAUAGAGCCGCUCAAUCGCGUGCGUAGUCAGCGCGCGGAACAACAAGCGACACGAAACAUCCGAGAACAACAAAAUAGCGCAUAUGAACGCUCACUCGCAGCUGACCGAGAGAAAGCUCGCAAGAAGAAGGAGGAAGCAGAGCGCAAAGCUCGAGAAGAAAAGGAAGCACUCGAACGCGAACAAGCCAUCGAACGAUACGCACAAAAUCUCGCGCAAUGGAGGCAAUGGCGCGCUGCAUCUAUACGCUCUGAGCCCGAGCCUGAGGAAAAGGACAUCGUGCGCAUCAGUCUUCGUAUGCCGAAUGCAGAGCGCGUGGUUCGCAAGUUCGCUGCAGAUGCACAGAUCGAGGAACUCUAUGCAUUCGUCGAAUGCUACGAUAUCCUGCAAUCUGAGGUAGGUGUACAGGAGAACAUAGAGAAACCAACAGAUUUCGAGCAUGAGUACAAGUUCCAACUCGUUAGCCCUAUGCCGCGCGAGGUAUAUGAGCUCAAGACUGGUGGUACGAUUAAAGAGCGUAUCGGACGGAGCGGUAAUCUGAUUGUUGAGCGGACCGAUCUAGAAGAUGAAGAGGAAGACGACGAGCAGUAAUCGCAUGAAGAUGAGCAUUGGACUGGCGUUACAAUAUCUACUCGACUUAGCGUGGGACGUGGAUAUCCACUUAGGUUCUCGAUACGACGUUUACGUUGACCAUGAAUGUAAGAAUGUAUGUAUAACGUUAUACAUGACUUUCUCUAUU